AUGACGUGGAGACCUGAUAAAGACACAAAUGAAGAUGAAGGCCAUUCGAAGCACUGGUUGCAGUUUCUCGACUCCUUGAAGAAGGAGGCCCCGGAUGAAUUCUCAAAGGCAGUUGUAAAACGCCAUCGAGGGUCCAACAGAGACAUGCCGAGCCCCAAGCCUAAUAAUGUCUUUCUUGAUUACAACGACGCAUAUGUUGCCAUGGAAAGGCGCAGAGAAGUGGAAAGGCGCAGAGAGUCGGAAAGGCGCAGAGAGUUGGAAAGGCGACGAGAGUUGGAAAGGCGCAGAGAGUACUCUCCAACAGGGCGCCAUAGUCCACCACUCCGAUCUCGUUAUGUGCACUUGCCAGAGGAAGACAGGCGCCGACGCCGGGAACGUAGUUCCUCCGGCUCCUCAUCAGGCUCAUUUACACGCGAACGAUUUAAUGAUCGACAUCGGGACAGCCGUGACAUGGGUGCCGCCUCUGUGUCCAUCGACCCUUCCAAAGCGGAGGAUGCCACUUUGCAUCUUUCCCUCCCCACGGCUUAUGACAUUGAAGAUGCCCUGGAAGAAGCGGCCAGGUUAAGGAGAAUUGGCCACUUCAAGGCUGCCAUCGAGAUAUACGAGCAAGAUCUGGGACACUUCUUGGAAAACGAGUAUGUCAUGGUUCAAUAUGGGGAAUGUCUUCUAGAUGCUGGGCGGAUCUCCAAGUUCUCAGGAUUAGACUUGAAGCGCCCAGGCCACCAGCCAAUGGAUAGUCUCUAUUUAAAUUGGGCGUUCACGAAGUUGCGACCAGAAGUCUCGACGGAUUUUCCUGCUUACCUGCACCAGGUAGUGGAUAGUUCAACAAGAAUAAUUUACCGAAACUGGCCUCGGCUGGACUCAACAGAGGUUCAAUUAUUAAAAUAUAGCUUGGACAGAAUCGGCGAUGAUGUCGACUGGGAUAGUCUCUAUUGGCACCUCCGCGGCGAGCAUAUGAUAUGGGAGUUUCAUGACCUUUUCCUUAGCAUGGCCUCCAAAUCUGGCCUCGAGGUCACCUGGCGUCGGUUACUCCGGGAUGGAGGGGGAGUUCUCACACACUGUCUGGAGCAGUUGGAUGAAGACUGGUUCAAAGAAGGCGCGGACAUCUCGACCAACUUCGCGCUUCUGGACAUCUUGACGCACUCUGGUCUGCUUUAUCUGAGAGUGCGGUCCACCAAGAUGAAAGCUCUGGAAUGCCUGGAAAAGGCAGGCGAGUACGCAGCCCUGCUCCGAUCCCAAGAUGCGAGCAAUGUCAAAUCCCGCCCGUACUUACGGUGGAUGGUGGCCAAGGCAAUGGUAGAAGAGUGUCCAGAUCGACCAUGGACUUUGAUAGAGAAUGAGCGAGGUUCUCCGACCCCCCUAUUCCGGGGGUUCAUGACCCCAACGGGGGUCUUUCCAGAUCAAUCCUGGCCAUUAUAUGCCCCCUUUGACGGCGAGCGGAUCCAAAUUGUAAAAGCAAAAUGUGGUGUUAUUAACAAAAGACUUGCUACCAUCGUCAAGGCUGCAGAAGAAAUGGGUGAUCUUCUGUUGAGGACCGCAUGUCUUAAGGAGCUAGUAUUGAACGGCGCAGAUGGAACGGAAGGCAUCAUGGAGAAGCUUGAGGACCUCUGGACGGAGAGUGGAUAUGCGGAUUCGGUAUCUCAAAUGCACCUUUACCAAUAUGUCCUGAUGCAAGAACCAUCCGAUGACGCCAAGGUUCGUCGCCGUAUCCUUCUGGAUGGCGAAACGAGCACCGGAUUGAUUUACUACACCCGGUGUAAGGUUAUGGCCGCCUUAGCAACUAGCGACAGAGAGGAGGGAUUUUAUGAUCAAAAGGCGGAAGACUACCAAGCAGCUCGCUACAGGACGAGGGAGCGUUCGAUAUCACAAGAGCGUCCCCGUCCUCACGCGACAGUUUACGAUCCUCAAGCGCCGCACAGAUCGAGCGGUAGUAGAGAGCGAGAAGAGUCCCCAAACUUCCUCAGACCCAGCGACGACCAGAGGAGAGAAGGAAGAUCGCAGGAAACAAGCCUGCAGACACUGCGAACUCCUCCCACACUCGCGCCUACUGAGCCCCUCACGCCUAAGCGCCUUGCUGCGAGGGAACAGCAGCAAAAUAUGAUCAUAAGAAAACGAGAAUAUGAGACCAUUGAUAGGGGGAGGAGGGACGCCACCGAGACGGCGAACGCUUCUAGCGGAGAGAAGACAGACCUUACAUUGACAGAAUACGGUAGCAAGGACUCGGUAACUGCUGAACAUGAGGAUGAGGAUGCCAAGUUUGAUGAGACUGAAACACCGCGACAUCCGGUGGAAUAUAGCGACCCAGAGGACGAGGACCUGCCUCGUCGAGACAGCAUAGAUAUUUUACCUCACGAGAACGCUGAGCUGGAGAGUAAUGAUGACAAUGGAGACGAGGGGCAGCCACACACCGAGAACGACGGCACAUAA